UCAAAUUUGAAGCCACCAGUUACGAGCCACAUGUCAGUGAGAUGAAUCAGUAAAUUCAGUGUCAUUUUGCAUUUUCUUUUUUCUUUCCCAAAAUUAUCUCCUCUUCUCUUCUGAGAUAAAAAAUGGCGUCCAUUUAUAUGCCUUCUUCUCUGUCUUCCUUACCAGAGUACUGAUUCACAAAAUAUGGCCUUUUGUCUUUUGAUUAGAAGCUUCAUUUUGCAAUCACUCAUCUGCUGAUGUAGACAUUGGACGAAGCACCACCAUUUUCCCUAUAUAUAUAUAUAUAUAAAUAUACAAUAUCCAAUCAAGAGCACCAUUUUUUUGGUUCUCGUCCUUCCUGAGAAAGACAGUGAGACAAAUAUGUCCGAGAGUUUUGACUCCUCUUUGCUUUCCAUUCUCUGCUUUUUCUGAAAGGUAUGGAGUGUUUUGACAUCUGGAGACAAAAAUGUUGCAGUUCUUAGAAGGAUUAAAGCAGCUAUUUGUUGCUGCAAUAAAUUGUUGCAAUAGUGAUGUGUCUAAGCAAACUACGGGUUUAGAAGAUCCAGAAGCUCUUGCAAGGGAGACAGUCUGUAUGUGUCUUUACAGAAGUUUUGGGUUAACAUUUUUAGGUGUUUUCCUUUGUCAUUGGCCUAUAGUUAGUGUAAGUGAGAUUGAGGCACUGUAUGAACUGUUCAAGAAGAUUAGCAGUGCAGUGAUUGAUGAUGGGCUGAUAAAUAAAGAAGAAUUUCAGUUGGCAUUAUUCAAGACAAACAAGAAAGAGAGCUUAUUUGCAGAUAGGGUAUUUGACUUGUUCGACACAAAGCAUAAUGGAAUACUUGGUUUUGAAGAGUUUGCUCGUGCUCUUUCUGUCUUUCAUCCCAAUGCACCUAUUGAUGAUAAGAUUGAGUUUUCAUUCCAGCUGUAUGAUCUCAAGCAGCAAGGCUUUAUUGAAAGGCAGGAGGUGAAACAAAUGGUAGUGGCCACCCUAGCUGAAUCUGGCAUGAAUCUUUCUGAUGACGUGAUUGAAAGUAUCAUCGACAAGACAUUUGAGGAAGCUGAUACAAAACAUGAUGGGAAAAUUGACAAGGAAGAAUGGCGAAAUCUUGUCUUGCGUCAUCCAUCCCUUUUGAAGAAUAUGACUCUUCAGUAUCUCAAAGACAUCACGACCACAUUUCCGAGUUUUGUUUUUCACUCACAGGUUGAUGAUACUUGAGUCAAAUAAAUACAUCAUCCAUGUGAGUUUCAGCAGCCUUACCUGGUAAUGAUGUGUCACAAAUGAAGGAACGAGGUUGAGGUAUUGGUGAUAGGGUGGAUGGAUAUGGCUUUUGUUUAUAUUUUCAUUGAGUCGAACUUCAUCUUCUAUUUUUUGGAUAGAUGAGGUUUCUCUAUUGUACAAAUGAGUUUGUUUAUUUAUUUAUUUGCUUCAUUGGAAAUAAAAAGGGGGACUAAAAUAGUAUGUUGAGGUGUUUCACCAUUCACGCCAUGGAGAUUUGGGGAGAUUUGGAUAUGCCCAGAUCUGGAAAUGGCUGCUGCUGCAAAUUAGGGAGGGGAAAAAACCGUAAGAAGGAGAUGAAGAUGAUGAAAACCAGCCUCAUUUCCCCUGAAAAAUAACAUGUCUAUCAUUUUUUCCUUGUGGUUAAGAUGUCGUUUUCCAAGUUUUGGGGAUCAAAAUAUCGUUGGUGUAUGUUUUGUUGUAAUUAUAUGUUGAAAUUGUUGGAAUAGAGAAGCUGUCUGAAUUAAAA